AUUAUGCAAAAUUGUCUUAAAUGUGAAGUCUGUUAUACAACAAUGCUUUAGGUUCAAUUUCGUUAUGAAAAACUGUCUUUACAUUUGAAGUCUGAUAUACAACAAUAUUUUACAUUCAAAAUAUUCGUCGCAGAUGUCGACCAAUUAAAUCCAUGUAUUACGUUACAAUUCCAUUUAGCUUUUCGUUCAUAUGAAUAAUGGGAUAAAAUACAUUCAUAAAAAUACAGUUCGAUACGACUACAUCAUUCGCAAGUGGAACGCGAACCUAUCAAAUCAUUUUGACAGUCCUGGCUCGUUGGGUGAACAACACAUAGUUGUGCGUUUAAUUGUACCCGAGCCUCACUGGAAUACCAGUUGCUGAUACAGUUGCCGUAUAUAAAUGAAAUAAACCGGUACGUUUCUCCGGUUAAACGACAAGAGUUUAGUAUUCAAACGAGAAUUAUUUGAUUGUAAAUCCAAAAGCUAGAUAAAAACAGCACAAAUGAGAUAUUUUAUUUUGUGUGUUGCUGUCUGUGUGCAUGUGGGUCAAUCGGAUGUACCCAAUGUCUCCAGAUGGGACGUGUUUUCCACGAAGACACUGUACCGUUGGGCGCACGAUACCACCGUGCCGAACCCGAACAGCAACUACGUCAUCAACUACAACAACGGCACGUGCCGCGCGGCACACGUGAACAUGGUCAUCAGGCACGGAGCGAGAUUCCCGACCAAGGGAAGUAUUGAGGAUGUGCACGAGCUUGUAGAGAAGUUGAAGAGGAACAAGCGAUUCGAUCUUUAUCCUGAAAUAGAUUCCUGGGUAUCCCCAUACCAUGCCGACUUGGAAAGCAUGCUUAACAGUGAAGGGGUACUGGAGCAGUCAGCUCUAGGCCAGAGGACUUACACACGAUAUCAGAGGCUGUUUGAUUCGAACGGCGAUAGCGCAUCCUUUGUCUCUACAAACAAACAACGGACAAAGGCAAGCGCCAAUUCGUUUUACAAUGGCGCCUACAACACUUCCGGCGAAUGUCUGAUCAGGGAGACGGAAUGUGUUAAUCCGCUGAAGAAACCGCUGCCGAGUUUGAUCAUCGACGACCACCGCUUAAGAUACUAUGACUCGUGUGAAAGUUUUGAAUCUGAGACAUUGAACAACAAAACCAACAUGGCCGAGUUUUCGAAUUAUGAGACUACCGCGGAUUUUAUAAAUGUUAUCCAGUCUAUAAAAAGUAACCUAGGUAUAAACGAAAGUGUCGGGCUCAACGCAGAUGAUGUGUACACGCUGUACGACCUGUGUGCCUAUGACCAGUACACCCUGAACCCCAACAUGCCGCCAGUGUGGUGUCGUCUGCUCAGUGACGCACAGAGGGAGGUGCUAGAGUACGGACAGGACAUCGAGACAUGGUAUGAGAAUAUGUACUCUCAGCCCAUCAACAGCGUGGUGGCCUGUCCGCUUGUACGGUCCAUGUUCGAGCACUUGGAGGCCAGCAUGAACGACUUGUGGAACUAUUAUCAGACAAUACGCGACGACAGGUACAAGGCGGCCGUGUUCCAGUUCGCCCACUCGGAGACUGUGGCGACUCUUAUGGCAGCGCUAGGCCUGUACAAGGACACCCGACCCCUCCUGGCCACCAACCGCGCCGCCAUGACCAACCGCCUCUUCAAAACCAGCACGCUGCUUCCCUACUCGUCAAAUCUCGCGUUUGUCCUGUACGCGUGCGACGUGAACCGCAAUGACGUCAACAGUACACGUGUCUUUCUUCUGCAGCUGUUCGUGAACGAGCGGGUAGUUCGUAUCCCCGGAUGUAGCACGGAUGCUUGCCCCUUUGAGGUAGUCCGCCAACGCUACGCCGGACUUAUCAAUAAUUGCAACAUUAAAGAUAUUUGCGAUGACGACGAAAAUGACACCAGUGGCGCCAGUACCAUUUUUAUUAAUCUGACUGGCGGAGCUUUCGUUUUCUUUUUAGGUUCAAUUAUAAUAAUCCUAUAAGCUUCUUUUCAUUCAACACGUUACUUGACCCACACAAGAUCGUUACAUUUUGGUGGCAUCUAUAGACAAUAAAAACAUUCUGCCGAUCACCAGAGCAAAAGAACAUACCAAUGUGUCUCAGCAAUGUCGAUGUAGGUUGUGAUUAAAAUUAUCAUGCACGUUUCAUACAGCUGAAGUCAUUUUACAUUAAUUUACAAAUGAAUUGAACGUAGUAGCAAACUUUCAUUUUAUAAGAUUUGAGCCGUUUUCUGGAAAAUGCAUGGCCGCACCUGCUAAACAAGGGCGACAUUUUCAACAUAUGCUUGUAAGAGAAUAACUUUAACCAAAAUAAUACUUUAAAGCGAAAA